CCGCCCGCACGGGGGCGCCGGAGCGCGGCCAUCGGGCCUUCCCUCCGCCCGCCGGAAGCGCUCUCCUGACCCUGCGCGCCGCGGGAAGAUGGCGCUGGAAGCUGGCGACAUGGAAGAGGGGCAGCUUUCCGACUCGGACUCCGACAUGACGGUCGUCCCCAGCGACAGGCCGACGCAGAUGGCGAAAGUACUAGGUGGGGGCAGUGUUGCCUGUGCGCCAGUCACACACUACCGGACUGUUAAAAAUGUGGACUCGAGUGAGGAGAGUGUGGAUUCAGAUGAAGAGUGCUCUCCUUGGAAACGUAAGCGACAGAAGUGUCAUAAUCCUCCUCCCAAACCAGAGCCUUUUCCACUUGGCCAGAGCAGUCAGAAAGCAGUCAAUGGCGGAAAGAAGGUGAACAACAUUUGGGGUGCCGUGCUUCAGGAACAAAACCAAGAUGCAGUGGCCAUUGAACUUGGCAUCUUGGGAAUGGAAGGCACCCUUGACAAAAGCAGGCAGUCUGAGACCUACAAUUAUUUGCUUGCUAAGAAACUUAGACGGGAAUCUCAAGAGUAUACGAAGGAAUUAGACAAAGAUCUAGAUGAAUAUAUGCAUGGUGACAAAAAAACAGGGUCAAAGGAGGAAGAGAAUGGGCAAGGCCACCUCAAACGGAAACGGCCUGUCAAAGACAGACUGGGUAACAGACUAGAAAUGAACUACAAAGGCCGCUAUGAGAUCACAGAAGAUGACUCUCAGGAGAAAGUGGCUGAUGAGAUUGCUUUCAGGUUACAGGAACCGAAGAAAGACCUGAUAGCCCGAGUAGUUAGGAUACUUGGGACCAAAAAAGCCAUUGAACUCUUGAUGGAAACUGCUGAAGUUGAACAGAAUGGUGGUCUUUUCAUAAUGGUAAUGCUAAUACUGUUUCUGGGCUUGGUUUUGGGAGUUUUUGUUUGUUUGGACAUUUUCUACAUUGAAAAUCAAAAGGAAUAUGAAAAUAAAAAAGCUGCUAGAAAAAGAAGAACACAACUAUUGGGGAAAAAAAUGAAACAAGCUAUUAAAAGUCUGAAUUUUCAAGAGGAUGAUGACACAUCACGAGAAACUUUUGCAAGUGACACUAACGAGGCCCUGGCCUCCCUUGAUGAAGCCCAGGAAGGACCUGGCGAAACCAAACUGGAUGCAGAGGAAGCCAUUGAGGUGGACCAUCCUCAGGAUUUGGACAUAUUUUAGGCACAUUUUGGACGUUUUGAAGAUAAACCUUUGUACAAACAUUUCUGCUGAGGUUGCUGUGCGCUGAAUCUAGAGAAUGGAGAGCUGUUGCUGUUUCCUGUUUGAAGUGAAUACCUGUGUGGGCAUUGACGGCGGUGUUUAAGGUGGCCAUGCCUGUCGCGUGUGCAGCACAGGUCUAAUUUCUCAUCCUGCUGCCUGUACUGACUGUUAAGGCCCGGGUCUACCUGCGGUCGCUCUGUCCAGCUCACUGUUUCAUGCCGUUAAGAAGCUUUUGUUUUCUGAUUUAUCUUGGUGGCGAACUGUGCUUUGGUUUUAACACAUUCCAUUAAAAUAUGCUAAAAUAUA